GUUUCAAGUGCAUCAGUAAAUAGCUUUACGUUUGAGAUUUUUCAAUUCGUUCAGCGUUAAAAAUGCCGCUGGUACACUGCUUUGAGUUCACGAUAUUGGGACAGCAAGUAUCCCUCCCGGUUCCUUUGUUAUUAAAUGUGGCCAUCUCUGCGGGAGCGUUCCUGGCGGGGCGUAGUUUGAUACCAAAGAUGAAACCGAUGUUUAUCAAUGCAAACCUGUACGGCAUCGAUAUGAAUAAAAAAUCGAAACCUAAAAUCCCAGAAGCCUUUGGUGUUGUCACUGGAUGCAUAUUUCUCGUAUCACUUUUCCUCUUUAUACCCGUGCCUUUUUUGAGGAAUUUUUCCACCACAGUGAAGGGUGAUUUUCCUCACGAUAAGUUUGUAGAGUUCAUUGCCGCUAUGCUGUCCAUCUGCUGCAUGAUUCUGCUGGGAUUCGCCGACGACGUACUCAACCUACGAUGGCGGGACAAACUUUACCUACCGACAAUCGCGUCGCUCCCUUUGCUCAUGGUUUACUACACAAAUUUCAACUCAACGACGGUGAUCUUGCCGAAGCUUGUGCGCCCCCUUCUAGGCCAGUCGCUCGAUAUCGGAGUGCUUUACUACGUGUUCAUGGGAAUGCUGGCUGUGUUCUGCACGAACGCGAUCAACAUUUUGGCCGGCAUCAAUGGGCUUGAGGUGUGUCAAUCCCUCAUUAUUGCCGGUUCGAUUGUCGUGUUCAACGUGAUUGAGAUUCUCAGUGGACACCACAAUGAUGCACACGAGUUUUCACUGUACAUCAUGCUGCCAUACAUUGGUGCAACGCUGGCUUUGUGGCGGUAUAAUAGGUACCCCUCGGAGGUUUUCGUUGGUGACACAUUUAAUUACCUCUCCGGUAUGACGUUCGCCGUGGUCGGCAUCCUCGGACACUUCAGCAAAACCGUGCUGCUCUUCUUCAUCCCGCAGGUGCUCAACUUCCUGUACUCCGUGCCACAGCUGUUCCGAUUCAUCCCGUGCCCUCGGCACCGCAUGCCAAAGCACGACCCGACGACCGACCUGCUACACAUCAGCCGCACUCAGUUCCGGGUGGAUGAGCUGAACGCCCUCGGACGCCUUUGCUAUCAGAUUUUCCACCACUUACGGUUGAUCCGGUGCGAGGUUGACCGAGACGGAAAAACGGUCACGUGCAACAACUUUACGAUCAUCAACUUUUGUAUCCUCCUCACUGGGCCGAUAAGGGAGGAUCGGUUAAACCGACUGCUGGUCAUUUUCCAGCUCGGUUGUGCCAUGUUCGCGUUCACAAUUCGAUAUCCUUUGGCGCACUUCUUUUACGAUGCAAACUGAGAAUUUUGGAUUUUUAUUGAGAAGCAAAACAAAACACCAAAGUAUCCUUGAUAAGGAAAACAGGGUAAUGAAAGUGCGUAGCAUUAAAAUAAAGCAACCUUUAUUAAACGCCGUUAAAACUCGAAAACAAAUUAAUAAAUUCAUAUUGAUAGAAAUUCACAAAAUUCCUAAAGCAUAUUUCAUUAAAAAAAAGGCAAAUUUUUUGUCACAUUGUAUAGAUAUUUAUUGUGUGUGAAUGGAUUCAUUUCAUUUUUAAUGGCUCUAUUCUAACCUUCAUUUUGUAUGUUUUGCUACGUUUCUAACACUGGAUAUAAGAUUUUUCUCCCGCUGUUUCACUUUCACGAACAUUCGCACUCUCAA